GCGUGGCGGAGCGGCGGCGAUGCCCGAGGCCACGCGGUGCGGCAGCGGCAGCGGGGCCGAGUCGGGCUCCGACUGCUCCAUGGACACGGAGGCGGCCCUGGAGAGCGGUCGCCGGCGGCACAAGAAGGAGAAAAAAGAGAAGAAAUCUAAACGCCGGGACAAGUUUCAGAGGGGGAAGGCUCCGACAGAUGAAAGCGAGGAAUCGGAUGAGGCAGUUUAUGCCCCGAAAGUUAAGAAGUCGAAGACUGUCAGUAAACAGAACGGUCAUGCGAGAGAAGAAAGCCUGGAGAAACCGAAAUUGUCUUCCUUAAGCAGCAAAUCCUCCCGCAAGAGCCGGCAGAGCAGUUCUAGUGAGACGUCAAGUGACAGCGAGAGUGAGAGUGAGCAGGAGCAGGAGCUGACUGGCGAACAGAAAGAGGGGGCUUUCUCCAAUUUUUCUAUUUCCAAAGAAACUGUCCAGCUUCUUCAAGCUCGAGGAGUGACGUACCUGUUUCCUGUGCAAGUGAAGACCUUCAACCCAGUGUAUUCUGGCAAAGAUGUCAUUGCUCAGGCACGAACUGGAACAGGAAAAACAUUCUCUUUUGCCAUUCCCUUAAUUGAAAAGCUUCAGGGAGAGUCCCAGGAAAGAAGAAGAGGCCGUCCACCCAAGGUUCUAGUCCUUUGUCCAACAAGAGAGCUGGCAAAUCAGGUUGCCAAAGAUUUCAAGGACAUCACAAGGAAGCUGACAGUAGCUUGUUUUUAUGGAGGAACUCCAUAUAAUGGACAAAUUGAUCUCCUUAGAAGUGGCAUUGAUAUUCUAGUGGGAACUCCUGGGCGGAUCAAAGACCACGUCCAGAAUAGCAAGCUGGAACUUUCCAGCGUGAAGCAUGUUGUUUUGGAUGAAGUAGAUCACAUGUUAGACAUGGGCUUUGCUGAACAAGUGGAAGAAAUCUUAGGAUUUGCUUAUAAAAAAGGCUCUGAGAACAACCCUCAGACACUGCUGUUUUCUGCGACUUGUCCGCGGUGGGUUUAUGAUGUAGCAAAAAAGUACAUGAGAGAUGAGUAUGAACAGAUUGACCUGAUUGGAAAGAAGACCCAAAGGACAGCCACAACUGUGGAGCACUUGGCAAUCCAAUGUCGGUCCUCUCAGAGAGCAGGAGUCCUUGGGGACAUCAUCCAGGUCUACAGUGGCAGCCGUGGGCGGACCAUUGUCUUCUGUGAGACCAAGAAGGAGGCAAAUGAGCUGGCCAUGAAUGCCUCGCUCAAACAGGAUGCCCAGUCCUUGCAUGGAGACAUUCCACAGCAACAGAGAGAAGUUACAUUAAAAGGCUUCAGAACUGGUGUGUUUGAAGUUCUGAUUGCAACAAAUGUAGCUGCCCGUGGUUUGGAUAUUCCUGAGGUUGACCUUGUUAUACAGUGCUCACCACCAAAAGAUGUUGAUUCCUACAUCCACCGUUCCGGGCGGACGGGCCGCGCUGGCCGGACCGGCAUCUGCAUUUGUUUGUUUCAGAGAAGAGAAGAAGAUCUUCUGAAACAAGUCGAGCACAAAGCGGGGAUUACAUUUAAGCGUGUGGGCGUUCCCUCUGCUACAGAUGUAAUUAAAGCUUCAAGUAAUGAUGCCAAAAAGUUGCUGGAGGGCGUUCCUGCUUCUGCAGUUGACUACUUCAGAAAAUCUGCUGAAGAGCUCAUAGAGGAGAAGGGGGCAGUGGCUGCCCUGGCUGCAGCCCUGGCCCAUAUUUCAGGGGCAGCUUACAUCCAGCAGCGCUCCUUGCUCAACUCCACGGCCGGCUUUGUGACCAUGGUGUUGAAGUGUUCCAUAGAGAUGCACAGCAUGGGCUAUGCCUGGCGGGGGCUCAAAGAACAGCUUGGGGAGGAAGUGGAUGACAAAGUGUCUGCAAUGCGUUUCCUCAAGGGGAAGAUGGGGGUCUGCUUUGAUAUCCCUGUUGAUGAACUAAGUAACAUACAGGAACAGUGGAAGGACACCAGGCGCUGGCAGCUGUCGGUGGCAAAGGAGUUGCCUGAACUGGAAGAGUAUCCCCAGGAGGCGGGACGAGGGUUCUCAAAGUUUGGAAAUGGAAGGCAAGGCAACUUCAAGAGGAACAGCUGGUUCAAGAGUGGGAACCGGGGACUUUAACAGAACACUCGAUUAACCUCCAGUACAGACUUGGGACUGAGCUGAAUUUUAUCAAACAGUAAAAGCCUGUUAGACACUC